GAAUAGAAUGGAUAUUGAUUUUGUUAAUAUUACAUCUGAUGGAGGAGUCUAAAAGAGAAUUCUCACAGCAGGACAAGGAGACUCGCCUUAGACCAACUCAACUUGUAAAAUAUAUUACUUGGGCACUUUGGAAGAUGAAAAGCCAUUUGAUUCUAAUCAAGGAUAAGGCAAGCCGUACAAACACAUUCUAAAGAGAGGAGACAGAUGCCAAGGAUUCGAAAUUGCCUUGCAAUCAAUGAAACCUGGAGAAAAGUCUUAAUUCAAAAUAAGUCCAAAAUAUGGAUAUGGAGAAGAAGGAUGCAUCUUUAAGAAUGUUCCAAAAAAUGCUAAUUUGAAAUAUGAGAUCGAACUAUUGAGUUUCAAAUUGGAGAAAAAGAGAAGAUGGUAAAAUAUCAGUUCUAUCAAGGCAAAUGAAUCCAGAAGAGAAACAUCAAGAAGCCCUUGAAAUCAGAAGAAAAGGAACAAAAUAAUUCAAGAAUUAGAAUUACUUUGAAGCCAAAGAGAAAUAUAAAGAUGCCUUGACUUAUUGUGCUUUGGACACAAAAGAAGGCAAAGAAUUAAAAGCUAGUUUACAAUUGAACUUAUCAAUCUGUUGUUUUUUGAGACAAGAAUAUGAGGAAUCCAUCGAUUAUGCCAAAGCAGCAUUGGAAACUAAUUCAAAUAGUUAAUAAAAUGUUAAGGCUUAUUAUAGAAGAGCGAUUGCAUUCCAAUAAAUAGGAGAAUAGGAGAAAGCACUUUCAGAUUUGAAAUCGGCCUAUAUUUUGGAUCCUUAAAAUACAGCAAUUAUUGAGGAACUGUAAAAAGUGAAAGAACAUCUAAAGGAAGCCUACAUGAAAGAAAAACAAUCUUGGUCUAAGUUAUUUAAAGAUAAAGAUGAAAGUUAAUAGAAUCAUUAAGUGGAAGAAUCAUACUAAACAUAGGAAAAUGAAAAAGAGCUUUCUGAGAACAUAGAUAGUAAGGAUAACGCUAAUUAAGAUUCCUAAGACAUUAUGAAAUAGGAGGUCUAAUAAACGAGUUCAGCAUUUUCAUAGGAGAAAGAGAGUAGUAAUUCUAGGGAAUUGGAAGGAUAAAAUACUUAGGAAUGAGAUGAAGUAUAUAAC